AGCACACGGAAAGGGAGACGAAGAACAGGAAGGCAUUUCACAAGUGAAGUUGAGCCAGCUGAGCAGCAAAGCAGACUGGGACUAAGGCUUUCCUUGUCAAUAUCCUAGUGGCUGGAGAUUCAAGUUCUGCUGUUAUCUACUUUGAUUUCUUGGAUUUCCCUGAAUUGAAGCAACAUAAAAGGACUUUUAUUUCUUUGAUUUAUUGAGAGCACCUAACCACAAGCCCUUAUCAGCCUCUGGUUUGUGCAAAAAAGAGGAUAAAUGAGAUAUUUCAUGAUUCUUUAAAAGGCUAUUACUCAAGCAAGCAUUUCAAAAACUGAGGUCAAUAUGGCCAUGCCAGAAAAAUCAGUUUGUACUAAUCUAAGUGAGGAUUCCAGUCAUUUCCCUGAGAUUAUUGAACUUAAUGUAGGUGGUCAGGUGUACAUAACUCGAUAUCCUACUUUGGUCAGCAUUCCUGGUUCCCUGCUCUGGGAAAUGUUUAAUGAAAGGAAUUCUUGCUCCCUGAUCCAAGACAGUAAAGGGAGAUUCUUUAUAGAUCGAGAUGGUUUUCUCUUUCGCUAUGUGCUAGACUACAUGAGAGAUCUGCAAGUCAUUCUUCCUGACCACUUUCCAGAGUGUGGUCGGCUCCAGAGAGAAGCAGAAUACUUCAAGUUGCCAGAACUUGUCAAGAUGUUGGCUCUUAAAAUAAACAAGCUCAACUCAUCUGGUAAUGACCUAUGCCAAACUGACCUAGAAGAGUUGUCCCCCAGCAUUGACACUAUGCUUAAUCUCUCUUCAAGUAACACCAUCCCAAUUACUGGCCCUGAUAACACCCUAGCUAUGACAACAGCCACCAGUUCUGAUCUCAAGAAGGCAGGCUUCAUCACAAUUGGUUAUCGAGGCUCCUAUACUCUGGGUCGGGACAGUCAAACAGAUGCCAAAUUCCGCCGGGUGGCCCGAAUCAUGGUAUGUGGUAAGAUCUCACUGGCCAAAGAAGUGUUUGGAGAUACGCUGAAUGAGAGCAGAGACCCUGAUCGUCCUCCUGAGCGAUAUACUUCACGUUACUACCUCAAAUUCACUUUUCUUGAACAAGCCUUUGACAAACUAGCUGAUGCUGGCUUCCACAUGGUAGCAUGCAACUCCACCGGCACCUGCACUGUGACACAUGACCAGACUGAUGACAAGAUUUGGACCUCUUACACUGAGUAUGUUUUCUAUCGUGCGUGACAGUUUAAAAGAAAUCACCCAGAAAAUACAAACCAAUAGGCUACUCUUUUUCUCUCUUUUUUCUAUUCUCAUGCCAACUAUGUCCUUUAGAAAUACACAUGCUAAUCACUCUUAGAUAUUGAGUAUAAUUUUGAACAGUGACACUUCCUUCAUCAUAACCAGCUGAGUCUUUAUUGGUAUUAUCCUUCUUACAUGUCAUCCCAUUCUAUGAAGAAGGCUUCCAACCUGUCGUGGAUUGUAAAUUGUGCCAUUGAAGGGAAAGUAUUUGAUGUGUAGACAUAUGUACAUACACAUGACUCUAGACAUAGAAACGUAUUUAUUGGGUGAAGACAGUUAAGUAGAGCCACAAGAUUUAGUUGCUUGAGAAAUACUGAGCCAUGGCUUCCAAAGUGUUUCUCAACACCACACUUUAAACUUGCUUACUACACCUUGUUAUUUGUAUUUCUGUAUUGCUCCUUCUGAGCUAGAGGUUACUAUAGGAAAUGUGAGUGCACUUUUUAAACUGUAAAUACACACACACACACACACACACACACAUUGCUAUCAUAUUACCAGGUUUAGUGGAUAAAAUUGACAACAGUCCUCCAGGAGGUUCAAAGAAAGAACAAGUAAUUGUAAAAUUAUCAAUUACUUUUAAUAGAAAAUGUAUAAAGAGAGAGAAAUUACAUAAGUAAUUAUUUCCAAGAAUAAAAGGCUUCACGCUUAAAUUGCUUUUACCUAAAAAGAUAGAGAAGGCUAGUAUCCUGGCUUUUACUCUGGCAUAAGUACGUAUGCCAUUGUCAAAGACUAUCCUAAGUAUCUGCUUUAUUCUUUAGAAUUGAAAUGAAAAUUUGUGUAGGCAAGGGAAAUGAUCAGUAAGGAUUGCUUUAUGCAAAUACAUACAUACAUAUAUUUUAGUUUCAUUUUCACUGGUCAAAUAGUUGAUGGACACAUCUGCUGUUAACUUUUUUCUUGAUAAGAAGCAUGAGUGUGUGUGCACAGGUGCACGUGCAUGUGCACCUGUGCAUACACAUUCGUUCAUGUUUGUAAUCUGCGAGUGGAUAUGAAAAAAAGGGGGAAAGGGAAGAGAACCAGAAAAACUUAAAUAAAUCAAAAUUCAUGUUUGGAACUCCUUAUUGAUGACUUUUUAUUGCAUAGCUUGAGAGCAAACAACCUACUAUGAAGAUAUCAGAGAUUUGAGACAAAUUAUUGGAUUACUGGAGAGUGUGUGGCAAGUCAAGAUCAAGAGGCUUUGCGAGCUCAUUUUAGAGGAUUUUUAUCUCCUCUUUGAAUAGCUUUAAAACACCCAAGUGAUCAAAUAGCCUUCUCUUUCUUAUGUCCUUCCUUCCUUCCUUUCUUUCUUUCUUUCUUUUUUUUUUUCUUUAACACAAGCUUUGAUUGUACUUUUGUACGUAAAUCUUUUGAUUUAUUUUUCUGGAAGAUUUCUUUGGGUUGCAAGGAGCUAAAAGCUACUUAAAGUGGCUUGAGAAAAAUAAAAUUGUGUCAGGGAUGUGACCAUAUGGGUAUGUUAAAAAUCUACCUGUCCUGUUGAAUCUAAAUGGAAAAAAAUGAGCUAUAAUUAAGUUUCAAAGAACCUGGGGAGCUGUCAAGAAGUGAUAUUCUGUCCUGUCACUCAGAGGCUACAUGGAUAUUCUCUGAUCAUCUCCAGGGCCUGUUAGUUCCAUAUUUCUCUCUUCGUACAUAUUUCUCCCCACCCCAGCUUGCACCCAAACUAAACAGUCAUAUCAGCCCAUUCUUUAGUGCCAGUUCUGGGGCUUGAACUGAGGGCUUGGGUGCCUUUCCCUGAACUUUUCGGCUCAAGGCUAGCACU